AUGGUGAGGUCCCAGCCCAAGCUGCCCCUGAGGGCCAUGUCUGGGUCCACGGCUACGCAGCGGCAGGAGUUGGUGUUGAUGUCCACAGUUCAUAAUACGGCUAGACAACAUGGGACGUCCCUGGUCAGGGCAGCCGCCAGCAUGUCCAGGGGCUGUGUAGAACUGGCCCCGCCCCUCACUGGCUGUGAUGCUCUGGAGAGCUGGCUGCCACCUCUGAAACCACAGCAGCACUCAGGAGAGCAGGCCCUGCGCCUCAACCAGACAGCACAGAGGAGCUGGCCGUGGUGGCAGGGAUGUGGCAGUCGGGAGAGCAAGCCCUGCCCCUCACCCGCUGUAGCACUGGGAAGAGCUGGCCCUGCACCUCACCUGGACAGCACAGCAGGGCUGACCCAGGUGGUGGAGGUGCUGGCCUCGCCACUCUUCUGCUGUGAGGUGGCAGGGGAGCCCAAGGCUGGGCUCUGGCUGCUCGGGCGCUACGGACACCCGCCGCUCCCCGCCCGAGCGUACGGGGUGACGUGCUCGCCUCCAGCACCUGGCUUCCGCGCGCCCCGGGAACAGCUGGGGCCGCGGGGACCGGCCUGGUCGUUCCUCACCAACAUUUCUCUGGACGGACGGCCGCCGCUGCAGAACGACGAGUGGGGCGGCGGCGAGGAGGGAGGCGCGACCAAGCCGGGCGCGAGGGCUCGGCUCAGCCUGCUGGCCGCCGGCUGCAACGCCUUCUCGGCGCCGGGCACGGCGGCCGCGCCGUGGGCUGUCGGCUCCGGGUCCAGCCCUUGCCCUCUGCCGCCGUCCCUGGUCCCCCGGGCGUCGGGGGAGCCAGCGCAGCCGCCUCGCUCGGCCCCGGCCGGCCCCGGUGCUCAGCUGCAGCUGCCCGACGGGCCGGGGGUGGCCGGCCGGGAGCUGGAGGAGGACGAUGCCUUCAGCAACGUGCAGGUGCCCCCGGCCAGCUUCCUGGGCUCCGGGACCCCCGGGGGUGCGAGCGGCAGCCGGGGCCGCCUCAACUCUUUCACUCAGGGAAUCCUGCCCAUCGCCUUCUCCCGGCAGAACUCGCAGAACUACUGCGCCCUGGAGCAGCCAGGCCAGGGUGGCAGCGCCAGCGCCUUCGAGCAGCUGCAGAGGUCCCGACGGCGCCUCAUCUCCCAGAGAUCCUCUUUGGAGACCCUGGAAGACAUUGAGGAGAAUGCCCCGCUCCGGAGAUGUCGAACACUCUCAGGUUCUCCCAGACCAAAGAACUUUAAGAAAAUUCAUUUUAUUAAGAACAUGAGGCAACAUGAUACCAGGAAUGGCAGAAUAGUCCUUAUCAGUGGCAGAAGAUCCUUGUGUAGUGUAUUUUCCGUGCUGCCGUACCGAGACAGUACCCGAGUCGGGGACCUGAAGUUGGAUGGAGGGAGACAGUCAGCUGGGGCCAUGAGCCUGAAGGAGAUCAUUGGCCUCGAAGGAGUGGAGCUGGGUGCUGACGGGAAGACGGUGUCUUACACGCAGUUUCUUCUACCCACAAAUGCCUUUGGAACCCGGAGAAACACCAUAGACUCCACCUCUUCCUUCUCCCAGUUCCGGAGCCUGAGCCACCGCAGCCUCUCCAUGGGCCGGGCUGGCAGCACCCAGGGGAGCCUUGAUGCAGGAAGCGACCUGGGAGACUUUAUGGACUAUGACCCAAAUCUCCUGGAUGACCCCCAGUGGCCUUGUGGCAAGCAUAAGCGAGUUCUGACCUUCCCUUCAUACAUGACCACGGUGAUAGACUACGUGAAGCCCUCGGACCUCAAGAAGGACAUGAACGAAACCUUCAAGGAGAAGUUUCCGCACAUUAAGCUAACUCUCAGCAAAAUCAGGAGUCUGAAGAGAGAGAUGCGGAAGCUUGCUCAGGAGGACUGUGGCUUCGAGGAGCCCACGGUGGCCAUGGCUUUUGUCUACUUCGAGAAGCUCGCCCUCAGGGGGAAGCUGAACAAGCAGAACCGGAAGCUCUGUGCGGGAGCGUGUGUGCUGCUAGCAGCCAAGGUCGGAAGUGACCUCAAAAAGCAUGAAGUCAAGCAUCUAAUCGAUAAACUGGAAGAGAAGUUCCGACUGAACAGGCGGGAACUGAUUGCCUUUGAAUUCCCAGUGUUAGUGGCCUUGGAAUUUGCACUUCACCUGCCAGAGCACGAAAUCAUGCCCCACUAUAGACGGUUGAUCCAGAGCUCCUAGCACAGGCCCCAAGAGGGCCAAGGACUGCGUCCUCUUGAGUGUGGUGGAGCCACCCUUUCUCCCGGAGACAGAGAGCCGAGAGCCGAGCAGGCUUACCUACCCAGAACUUGCUGGGGAGCCUGGGGCUGGUGGAGAGGAGGCGUGUGCUGGGGUGACUGGGCCCAACAGUUCCCCACGGAGACCGGCUGGGCCCGGCUUUUCCUCCCGGGCCUGCGCAGAGCAUGAAGCAGGCCUCAGGGCCUUCACUGCGGACCGAGGGGACAAGUGUUUGGGAUUCGGGGAAGCCACUUCAAGUUCCCUCUCCCUGUGUCAAGAGCGUGCCAAUCUAUUUUUAUAUCUGCCAUCGGAAGUGCACUUUCCCUGGGGCACAGGAGCGAGGGUGUGCAAGUGUCUGAGGGACACAGUUACACUUGACCCCAACGCCAAUCUGGAGAGCAGACUCGGAAUGACUUCUGGGUACCAAUGACUCAGGUGCAGCUCGCCAGCUCUGCUUUCUGGGAACUUACCUGCUACUCGCUGGCCAGCGGUGGCGAUUCUCGGUGUGGGGAGAGUCUCUGCAGCGUGCUGUGCCCUGAACUUCUGCCGGCACACUUCUGUUGACCCCUCCAGCUCUUGCCUGUGGAGACGGGAAGGCUGAACUCCAUAGCGUAUGUCCCCGUGCUCUAUGUUAGAGUGCAUAGCAGGCGCGUUUACUGUGCUAAAUACAUAUACACGUGUUUUUUUAUGAAAGUCUGGUGGGGGUGAGGUGCAUGAUUGGUGUCUUGUGGCAUUUGCAGCCGGGACAAGCUACUACAUUUCGAGCUGUGGGUGAACUGAUAGUACAAAAUUGUGACCUGUCCUGACACUCUCCCCAACCUCCUGUCCUGAAGCAUUAACCAUGCUGUCGCCCGGUAGUUAGGCAGGUGUAACCUUACUGAAGAACGCUUGCUGUCAUGGAAAAAAAUUAAAAUAUUUUGUUGUUUUAUA